UUUCCUACAAGUUCAGACCACAAAGCAAAAUCCUCAUCCAGUUGUCCGGGAUGGCUUUCUUUCAUCCCGGCUUGCUGCUGUUCUUAAAUACGAUCAGCCUUGUUUCAGGCCUGCAGGAAGCAGCAUCACCAAUUUCCAAGUUGCCUUUCUUCAGUGUGUGGAAUGCCCCUAGUGCCCACUGCCUCUCUAAAUAUGGUGUGGACCUCAACUUGGGAACAUUUAGCAUCAUUCAGAACCAAAAUCAAAUCUUUAUGGGUGAAAAAAUAACGCUCUUUUACGAAAACAAGCUUGGUCUGUAUCCCAAGUACAAUAGCCAAGGGGUGGCUAUUAAUGGUGGGGUGCCACAGAACGCCAGUCUUGCCAAGCAUCUUAGAGCUGCCUCUAUCGAUAUCCAGACAGAUAUCCCUGACAGGGAUUUCCAUGGCCUUGCUGUAGUGGACUGGGAGAGCUGGAGACCUGUGUGGGAGAGAAACUGGUCCGGUAUGAAGGUGUACAAGGAGGGAUCGGAAGAACUAGUAAGGGCCAAGCACCCAGACUGGAGUCCUGCACAGAUAGAAGCUGCAGCCCGGGUAGAGUUUGAGGAGGCAGGGAGGAAAAUCAUGGAGGAAACUCUGAAGCUGGGGCAGAAGGAAAGGCCAAAUGGGUUGUGGGGUUUCUAUGGUUUUCCCAACUGCUACAACCACUAUGACCAAAGCACAAAAUACACAGGAGAGUGUCCACCUAUAGAGCUGAAGAGGAAUGAUGAGCUGUUCUGGCUGUGGGACACCUCCUCAGCUCUGUAUCCUGAUAUCUACCUCAGCCUCAAGCUGAGUGGCCUUGGCAAAGAUGUGCUCCUCUACACUCAACAUCGCAUCCUGGAGGCCAAGAGAGUAGCGGCUAAGGCAACUCAAUCAACACCACCUAUUUUCCCAUACUCUCGCUUUGUUUACACCUAUUCACUAGAUUUCCUCUCUCAGGAGCACCUGGAAUACACCAUCGGAGAGAGUGCUGCUUUAGGGACUGCAGGGAUAGUGCUCUGGGGCGACAGCACCUACUCGGAAUCUAAGGAUUCUUGUGAAGCUGUCAAGUCUUUCAUCGACCAGACUCUGGGUCCCUACCUGGUUAAUGUAACAUCAGCAGCUGCUCUUUGCAGUCAGACCUUGUGUUCCUCAAAGGGAAGAUGCGAGAGGAGGAACCCAACAUCAAGUACCUACCUCCACCUCGAUCCUGCCAUGUGGACAGUUGUGACUGAGAAGAAACCAGUAGGGGGACCACACUACAGGGUGCUCGGGCAGAUGAGGACAAAUGACGUAACACGCAUGAAGUCUCAGUUUCAGUGCAAGUGUUACUCCGGGUGGGGUGGGGAGAGCUGCUCCAAGCUAAAUAAGGGCAAAGCAUUUUUCUCGCAGAAAGUCUAAUGACAGUAUUAGUCCAAUAAAUAGCAUUCAAAUCUUUGUAAGUGUAAAGAUUACUGUGAUUGUACCCUAUAUGAUGACAAAUAAACUUGAUUUAUUGAUUGAUUGAUUUGAUUGAAUGAUAUUGAUUGAAUGAACCACUCCAGAAGUAGACUGGGGCUCGUUCUGUGGCAUGUGGUCUGCUGUGAAUGCAAAUUUCCAAAUCUUUGACCAAUGUGUUUUCUUAUCGAAUACUUCUAUGUUUUUUUCCUAAUUCAUAUGAAUUAAUGUUGUUUGUUGACCUUUUCUUUUAAAACAAAUCACUAAUUUACAAAGCUUGUAGACUAAUUUCUACUUUUCAUAGCAUGUACUAUAAUAAAUGAAGAAUGAAUUAUUCAAUGAAAAAAAAUGUGUCAAAUCUUGUUACUAUUUGAGUUCCAGAAAUCAGUCUGAAACUUUCAAUGAAAAUAAAGUUUUACUUAUUGUUACUUCA